CAAAAAAUGAUAGCUAGCGCGAUGAUCGCGUUGGGCUCAGCAAUUUCCAUGAUUAUCAACGAGCCGCAGGAAYCACCGGACAGAGCGGUGAUGAUUGAAAGGAUGUUUGAGGCUGGAAAACUGAUKGCUGGACUUUUCCAUAAACAAACCACGGCRAGAAAAGUGUUCAUCGAACCGGGACUUACCAAACAAGUCAAGGACGUCCUGAAUAACACCAAGACAGACAAGUUUCUGUAUGGGCCGGAGCUUGGAGCAAAAAUCAAAGAGGCAAGGACGAUCACCGGAGUGGGAAACACUAUGAAGACUCAGCCACAGCCAGCUGUCAAGAAGGCACCGUUCACGACAAAUAACUGGGUCAAUGCCCAGGCACGUCRGCCGUUCACCUGGGCCAAAAAGAGUUUCAAUACAUACGGACAGGCGAGACAGCAGUUUUCCAGGUCCGGAAAGGCACCCUUCGCCCACAGGCRGUUUCAGAACCAGACUCAACGGAAGAAUCAGAAGACRGGGACGACACCRAAGUAGAGGUACAUCAGACAGGAGGUCGACUGCGCUGGUUCAAAAAUCAAUGGCUCAAGUUAACCAAGGACAAAUUUGUCCUUGAGUGUGUAGAGGGAUACAAGAUCAAGUUUGCAAGGCAGGUCGUGCAAACUUGACCUCCAGUAGAGCCAUUGUUUUCUGAACAAGACUCAUAUACAACGCACUUCAAAUUGGAAGAUAUGAGAACUGUCAGUAAGAUCAUYUGCCCGGGUGACUUUAUGUGUAAUUUGGAUUUAGAAGAUGCAUAUUUAUGCAUCCCCGYUUAUGAAGACAGUCGAAAAUUUUUACGCUYUACAUUCGAAGGAAAAAUUUACGAGUUUGUUGUCCUCCCUUUCGGCUUAUCGACAAGUCCCUUUGUAUUUACUAAAGUAAUGAAACCGGUUGUGAAUUAUCUUAGGUCAAAAGGUUUAAAGUCGGUUGUUUAUUUAGAUGAUUUCUUGUGCAUAGGAAAAGAUAAAGCUWGUUGUCGAGAGAAUACGAUUCAAACRAUCGCGUUACUUAAAAGUCUUGGUUUCCUUAUAAACUAUGAGAAAAGUAAUUUGAGCCCGAAGCAGACUUGUAAAUUUUUAGGUUUAGAAGUCGACACAGAAAARUUUUGCAUAAGACCGACAAGCGAUAAACGAGUCAAGGUU